AUGCCAAACACCUCCAGAUUCCUUCUCCUCCAUGAUGACCUUGUGCCUGGGAGCCCCUAUGUUGCUCGCGUUCGAAGCAAACCAAGACAAGGCGGUGGUCUUGUUGGCCGUUACAGUAAAUGGAGCCAUGAAGUCUAUUGGGAGACACAGAAAACAUGGAAAGGUAAUAUUGCAAAGAGAUGGUUCUUCCUUGUGGGCAUGGGUGUAAGUUCUAAGCUGCUGGAAGAGCUGCAUGCCUGUUGGAUAAGAUUUAUGCUGGAAGAUUAGCUCUGGAUGAGUUGCACUCAGUUGCUCAAAUACUCUGGAUACUCUUGCACAUGCAUAUCUCAUUGCUGUUCUUCUGUAGACACCCAUGGUGUCAGGCAGCCUUUCCCAACUUGGUGCCCACCAUCAGCUUUCUGUUUGUGAUGCCAUUAAGCGGCUUGUGAAGAAGCUUCAAGUUUUGCACUGAGAUGAAGCUAAGAUUUGAGACACACCCAGACAUUUUGAUCACUCUUGGAAAGAACUCCAUGAUGCUGGUGGUUCACUUCAAAACACGAUGGGACAUCUGUUGGAGUUAACCUGUACCUGUCAUGACCCCAGAGUCCAGCAGCAAUCAAGACUCAAGGUCAUGGGCUGCAAAGUCUACAACUAAGGAGUCUGACCAAGUGCAGAACUCUGAGUCUGCUGCUGGAGAUCAGGAGACACCUGAGCCAGAAGAUCAUAAGUCUCCAGAAGAUGCUUAUAAUGACUCGGUCUGCUCUCAACCUUUCUUGGAGCAUGUCAGAAGCUGUAAACUCUGAUCUGCCUUGUCCAUGACAUCCAGUAUUGGACCAGGAGGUGAUGGUACUUUCAGCUGUGCUCAUUCUAAAUAGACUUAGCCUAUUGCAUACAAGGCUUCCCUCACAUUUACUAACCCACUUCCCAUCUUAUUGUUCCUUGCACCUUAAUUCAACAAGUGGUGAGGACUCCAGGGAUGCACUGUGUACUGUACAUAGUUUCUGUUUCCUUUGGAAUUAAUUCAUUGGACUCCCUGAGCUUUGGCCUUGAUGUCUGGGUCUGGUCUAGCAAUAUUUGGAGGACCCAGGCUCCCCAUUUCUGAUCUACUCAUUGGUGGCUUCCACAACACUAAUGACAGUUAAUUUGCACUGGUGUCUUCUCUGCAGGACAACCCAUAUUUCUGUUUUGAUCAAUGAAUUGUUUUGUGUUAUAGAGUUUGGGUUUGUCUUCUCUGAGAAGCCUGAUAUUUAAUGGAUCCUCUUUUUCAUUUCUAGUUGCACUUCUUACCAAAUACCUCCGCAAUGUUACUUCCCUGUGUUAGCUUUUGCCAAGCUCUGCAUGACCCUAGACAGGGCUUAUUCUUUCCGGUUUCUCCCAUUAGAUGAUGCAGAAGCUCAGCCCAAGAACCUCCGCUGUCUAUUUAAUGGCAUUGAUCAGCUAAAUUGCAGCUGGGAGGUGCGUCAAGAGGUCACCAAUUCAGUCUCAUUCACACUCUUCUACAAAGCCAGCCCAGAAACAGGGUGAGAUUUUCUGUAUGAAGCAAAAAUACAUCCAAAUAUUCUUGCCUUUUUAAAAAAGCUUAACUUCCUCUUGUUGUAUCUUCCUUGUUCCUAGAGAGAAGGAAUGCUCUCCAGUCCUUCAAAUGGAACUGCCUUCCACCCGAUAUGUCCUGCAAAGCUGUUUGAUCAAUGUCACCAACCCCGAGAGGAUAAGCCAAUAUCUCGUGACUGUGCAGCCAAAAGAGGAAGAGAAAGUGAUGGAGGCAGCAAAACACAGUAAGGCCCUUUUAGAGUCCACAAAGCUUAAUUCUAUGGGGCACAUGCGGGCUCCUAUGACUUUGCUUUGCUUUGUGACUUACCUGGGCAAUGUCACCUGUAUGCAAUCAUGAAGAAGCAAAUGUGAGGAUAAGACAGAAUCACAUGGCUGAACACAGUGCCAGUGCCACUUACAGGCAGACCAAGUUAGGGCCAAGACUCUGAAGGGAAAAGGUGCAACAACCUUGUGGGAACUGAGCAAGUCUGGAUCUGGUCCAUAGCUGAAUGGAAGACCCUUGUCCUGUCAUGGAGGGAACAAGGGUUAUAAAGCCAUAAAAUGAAUUAGCAGCCACUUGGGGCAGCACAAUUCAAGAGACACUCCAUAAGGAAAGAAGCACAUCAAUCUGAGACUCUGAGGAUGCUUUUGGUGUUGCCACUUCUCCAAGGGAGCUGGCAAUGCAUCCUAGUCCCUCAGCGAAGUCCCAGGGGCUCCUGGGGGUAAACUCCUGCUUUGCUUGGGCUCACCCUGACCUUACCCUCGCAAAUACUCUUUAACAGGUUAACAAGAGAUAGGUUUCUGUUCUUGAUGCAUCCUUUGUUUUCCAGUCAAGGCAGGCCCACCUUUCAAGCUGUCUGUGUCAACCCAGGACAACCAGGAGUACAGCCUCAAAUGGGAAGUUAGGAAUUCGACUCUGCGAAUUCCAGAGACAUAUCAAAUUUCAUACUGGAAAACCGGAAAGCCUUCAGAGGUGAGCUGUAAAUAAACUGCGCUCCAAUACAGUAGUUUGAGAAAAGCAAAGUGUUAUCUCCUCCCUCGUUUUUCUCCUCUUUUCUCUUCUCAGGACCAUUUGGGCAACAGUGACGACACAUGGUUCACCUUCCCCUCAGAGUUGCUGGAACAGGACACAAGUUACACAGCAAAGGUGCGGGCAAAAGUCCGUGGUUACUCAUAUGAUGGUCCAUGGAGUGAAUGGAGCAAGGAAAUUGACUGGACAACACACAGGGGUAAGCCACAAAUGGAGUUUCCAAACAAGGGCACUAGUCCACCUUUCUUCUCUAGGGGGAAAGGUUCUAUUGCUGUCUUCAGAAGGCGAUAUGCUGAAGGGUUAUAUGGACAGGCACAUGCUGAGCAGAGGCGUAAGAAGGGGGGUGCAGUGGGUGUGGUCCACCCCAGGUGUCAUGACAAAAUGGCAGGCGAGUGGGUGGCACGCCCGGCGGCAGCAGCUCUUCUGACCCGGCGGCAGAGAGCAGCCCUCCUCAGUCGUGGCGAGGCGCACCCGGCCGCAGCAGCUCCUGUGGAGAGCAGGAGAAAAGUGAGCAGCAGCUUCCCUGCCUCUCUCCUGUUAGAAUUCCUGCUCCAUGAUUGCAGUCAUGGGAUUUUUGUCUAUCACAUGAUUGUAUACCGGUAUGUUUUGACACCACAGAGUGGGAAGUGACGGAAACAGGAUGUUUGUGUUACUGUGUUCCGUGAAGUGGGAAUAUUGUCCUUUGUUCUUUUUCUCUUUGCUGUCUGAUGCUAGAGAGAGCGAGAGCCAUGUUGCAGUGCUCCGUGUGUGUUUAUAUGUAAAUAAGGUAGAUUAGCCAAAAUGCUGAGUUGCUGAGGUGUGUUACGCAAAACUGCACAAACUCUGUGGAUCCCUAAGUGUGCCAGUGUUGGUUGGCAUCGGUCGCUGUGGUGUUCGGGCAGAAGAAAGCUUUUGAAGCUCCCGAACGAAUGACCAGGAGGGAGAGAACAUGCCAGUCGGGCAUGUGUCUCUGCCAGGGUCCUACUCAAGUGUAUGCCGAGCUCCUGACAUCUCCUACCCUGAACUGUGGCGUGUGGGAGGGCACCCUCCAUGCCACGCCCCCCUUGGGAGUGCACCCCACCUAGGCAGUGCGGGCAUAUACUCUGUCGCUGAUGCUGAGGGCACAUUACAGUAGUCCAGCCCGGAGGUCUGCUUGACAUGCAUCUAAUGUUUCCCCUGGGUGUGACUUCUUAAGAACGCUUGAAGCAAAGGCAACGCUGCUUUGAUUUCAAAGUCAGUUUUCAAAUUUGAAGUGCAAUUGGCUUUAACUUUCCUUUCAAUUGAUCUCUCAGGAUUCUGAUGAUGUUGCAAUCUUCUGUUUGGUUUCAGUUGUGCCUCCUUGGAGCAUUAUACUGAUUGCAGUAGUCUCUGUCAUUGUGAUGAUGGCAGGCAUGUGCUUUUGCCAUAGUUAUCUUCUCAGGUAAGCAUGUGUUGCAAAUGGGUUGGGCAUCUGGAUACACUGGCACACAAUAGUGGAGUGGAGGGUGGGAACUGGCUGCAAGGGGUUGCACAGCUCUCAAAUGGUGGCUGUUGCCAUAUAGUGAACAUUCCAUAGCAUACAGCUGUUCAUCAUGUGGACUGGGUAUUGUCUUUUUAACCACACCUCUAUAAAUAUUCCAGAACAUACAUUUGCAUUGGUGAUGCAUUGCACAUGGACAGCUCACAGUUUGUUAACAUCCACAAAGAGGAGUGUUCUCCACCCUUUCUGCAUCUGAAAUAUGUAUAACCACGCAGGCUAUGCUGGGUGGCAUAGUGUCAUGGCAGUGUUAUUAUUAUUUGUCAUGUACAAAGUGCAUAGAAUUUAUUCUGUGCUGUGUGCAGAUUAAAAACAUUGUGGUUCCUGCCCACAAGCAUACAAUCCAAAGGCACGACACAAAAGGGAUAAGGGGUGAGGAGGGAAGAGGAAAACAAGGAAACUCGGGUGUCAGUUCCAAAAGUGAUAUACUUGUUUUCAUAAGGGCUGUAGGGGGGUAAGGGUAUUCCAAAAAUCUCUACCCUCUUUGUGCAUGGCAAAAUGUGUGUGUGUUGGGGUGUUGUUGCUGCUGAACAGUCUCUGGCUAGGGUGGAAUCCUCCAGCAGUUUUGGAGAAGGCUACAAAAGAAACUUUCAGAAAUUUCUCUUCUGUUAAUGCCACCGUUUGAAGGAAGCAGUGAGCUGAAAGACAAGAACUGGAAGGUGCGGAGGCCAAGCCCACUGUUUCUUUCGACAAUAUUAAAAUAGCAUGAAACAAAAUUAAAAGUGGAUCUGCAAAUUGUGCCCAAAAUUCUCUCUCCUAUUCCCAGGAUGCAAAAUUGGGAGUGGGGAAGUUGGCUGACCUAAAGAAAAUUUGGGUUUUCUGAGAAUUUUCUUACCCCCCCCCCCAUGAACGUAGUAUUGUGGACAAUUUCAGUCUCCUGUUGAAGAAUGUUCAGCCAAAUUUCAGUCCACAUCUAAUGUGCAUAAUGAGUAGCUUGAAUGGAAACUGUUGUGGGGAGGGGGGGAGCAAAAUUGACUUGGUCUCUAACCCAAGCUAAUUGAGAGGUCCUGGCUGUCUCAUCUCUCAUUCUGCUGCUGCCAGGUGAAAUGGAGGCUUUAAAUGACUAAGAAUCUGCUGACCACAUGCUCUCAGCACUGCCAGAUUUGCCUGGUUGCUUAGCUGGCAGCAACCAGAUGUCAUCUAUUAUUUUAGACAUCCUCUCAACAUCUGGAAUAAAGUCCAUGCAUCACCAUGGUUGAAACAACAUGUGGAAAACACUUGAAAACACUUUGGGUGGCAACAGCAGCAGUGUGGAGAUCCUUCUAACGUGGUGGUGCUGGUUCAAGCAGUGAACAAUCCUAUGGAUGCCACAUUGAGCAGCUUCCAUUCAGAAGCUGUUUCAUGCAGCAUUUGUUGAAGUAUAGAUGGACUGAUAUUUGCCAACCACAGAGAGCAAAUGUUUGCUGCUGAACAAGAUUCCACCUUGGUUUGACUAACGUUGCUUUAAUGUCUUCAUUACAGGAAGAGCAAGAAUUGGAAGGAAGCCAUCCCACACCCUCCCAAGACGCUUCUUCUCCCAAACCUUUUCCCGGUGAGAGAGAUUUCCUUUGGACUGGAAUUAGCAUCUCUGCUUCUGCCUUGCAAAAGUGUACUGGGCUUCUUUGUUUGAAGGCAUUCCUUCUGAUCCUUUUUUGUAUCGAACCAUCUUCCAUGAGAUACUUCAACACUGUGUGUUUGGCCUUGGUCAAGGUCCAAGGACAUUAAGGCUCUCCCAUGUGGGUGACCAAUGUCAGGUCCAUGUCACUUCUGACUGAUUCACCCCAAGUCUGCUUCAUUCCAUUUCCACAUUUGAAAAAAAAUACCCACAUGAACAACUGCAUUUAAAUCCAUAUUUUCAAAACUAUGCAUUUAAAACUCUCUUAUACUACUUUAAAAAUACCACAUGGCUUACCUCAAAGAAUCUUGGGAACUCUAGUUUGGUAAAGGUGCUUAUAAUUCUUAGGAGAAAUCUCUCAGAGCUAUAAUUCCCAGCACCUUGAACUAAAUACAGUUCCCAGGAGUCUUUGGGGAAAACCAUGACUGUUAAAGUGAUAUAUAAAAGUGCUUUCAAUGUAUGGUGUACAUGUUGUUUUGAAAAAGCAAAGAUAUGUUGAUACUUUUUUUAAGCCAAGAUCUGCAGUGGAACAGUCUGGAAAUGUGAAACAUAGGAAAUUCUCUUCUAUUAGAGUCAAACCAUUGAUCCACCUAACUGAUACACAAGGUAGGAUCUGAAUGAAGAUGAGACCAGCUGCGUAUGGGCACUAAGCCAGCACACAGGUGCCCAUGAGAAAGCAGGAAUUUGCAGAUGCCCUGUAUCACUAAAGCACUUGGGACAUGGUCUCACCCGCAAACACCCUGUGUUUAACUUGUACCAUGCACAGUGGCACUUUCGUUCCAGCUCUUUCCUCAACACUGCCCUUGUGUCCUUUCAGAGACUUGAGUUGCUAAAUGGCUCAGAGGACAGUAGUAGCCAGAGCUCUAGGGAGCAAGUGAACAGCUGUAUGUUGGAAAGGUAAGUACAUCUAAAGGAAGGACACACUGCUUGUCCAAGGCAUUCUCAGAAAACUAGCUGGUAUGUAUACACUAAAGCAGCAAUCCUGUACACAUUUAUCUGGGAGUAAGCUCUGUUUAACUCAGUGGGGUUUCCUCUGAGCAGAUAGGCAAAGAAUUAUACUGGUUUCUGUCGCUCUAAUUAGCUGCUUCCUGUUCACUAGCAAGCCAACAAUGGCUGGAAAAGUGGGCGCAUAGAAAGAAGCCACAGACCAUUGGUCUAUCUAGUUCAGUAUUGUCUACACUAAUUGUCAAGCAGUCCCCACCCACUUCGUUUCAGGCAGGGGACAAUCUCAGCCCUACCUGGAGAUGUUGGGGGCAGGGGUGGCUGAUGAGCCAAGGGGGCAAAAUCUCAAAGCCUAGUAAGCAUGUAAGCAAGGCUGUGGGAAGGAGGUGUUGGGCUCUGACAGGGUCUUAGAGUCCUCCCAGCUCCCUCUGAAAGCCUAGUUAGUGCUUUCCCAGCUUUGGGUAGGAGGGCUCUAGGACCAUGCCAGAGCCCUUACGCCUCCUUCCAGAGCCACGCACUGCCUUACCCACUUUUGGGAAGGCAAUACGAGGACUGGUUGUUUGUACACCAAAUUUUGGCCUCGCAACGGGUGCCAUAGUACCCAAGUCAGCCACUAGCUGAGGGUUGAACUUGAGACCUUCUGCAUGCAAAACAGAUGCUCUGGCUCUGAGCUAUGGCCUGAUAAGACAGGUUUCCUGAUCCCAGCAUCUUCAGAUGAAUUCCUCCUCAGACUUCCCUCUCAACAGAGUUGGUGCAUGGGAGGACGCUGAGGUGGGACUUGCAUGUAUGCCCCUGCCCACUCCCCACAUUUAGCCUACACACACUCAGGCAAAUGCUUGAGUAGGGGUAUUGUCUUGGAGUAACCUGUUUUGGUGGGAAGAUCUCUCUUUACUGACUAACAUUCUCCACUUAUUUCCUCUGCUGCAGCCAGAGGCUGGUUAGUCAUCCAGAGCAUCUUGAAGCCUCCAGUUCAGGGAAAACAACACCACAUUCCACUGCCUUCCAGCAUGUGAAAGGAACAGAACUUCCUGUGGCCAAUGCUGGACAAUUUUUGGAUCAGCCUGACAAGCCACUCUGUAGCCACAAGGCUCGGAAGUUUGAUUUUGAUGGCCCAUACUUACUCUUCCCACCAGAGUCCUCUUCUCCUGAGAACCAGAAGGACUCGGAAGUUGCCUCUUUGGAAAAGAAGGAGAUGCCUGUGGCUCCGCAAUUUGUGGGACAGCCUCAUUGCUCUAUUUUCCAGCAGCUUCCACCUGUGGGGAAAGAGGAAGAGCCGCCAGCGUCUCCUGUCCUUGUCCGAGAGCAGGAGAAGCAUCAACUUCUUCAAAGGCAAGAAAGCCGAGUGGCAAGUGACAGGUUGGAGAAGGAGGCAAAUGAAGGUUUGAGGUCACAGAGGCUUACUAAUAUGAAGAACCACGGUCAAAAUGAGUCCUUAGACUACAUUGCCACAGCAGAUCUAUCACUAAGUAAAGAGAGGGACUUCUUGCUCCCCUCACCUCUGUUGACCUCAAAGGAUGGAAGCCUUCUCUGUUCUGCGAUGGCCACAGCUGCCUCACAAUUGACCCCAACCAGGGAUGAUAUCUCAAGCUCACAGCUGGUUCAGAAGAAGGAAGCAGAUCCUGGGCAGCCAGCUAAUGUUCCAGUCGUGUCCCAGGACUCAUUUAGUGACUACGUCACCAGCAUGCCCCAAACCCCAAGAUCUGUGUCAAAGGAAGGGCUUCCUUUCUCCCCAGAUGAGCCUAAACACAAGGGCUUCCUUUUAUUCCAACCUGGUGGCAACAGUAGCCCAGUUUUAUUAAGCCAGGUAGGUGAAUACUGUUUCUUCCCUGGCUCCAAGACCAUGGCAGAAGCCUCUAAGAGUCAAGCAGGAUCUGUACAGGAGCAACUAUCAGAGGUUAUUCAGAAAGGUACCAAGCCUCUCUGUGAGGACAAGCAUCUUGGGAACAAGCUGCAGACCACCCUUGCCCUCUGCCAAGACUUGAGAGUGGGCAUGCCUCACGGACAUACAUGA